AUGACCUUAUUUAUUUACAUUAUGGGAUCAUUUGCGUUUUCCAAUAAACAACUGAAUUUAUCUUCAACAGUAAUUUGGAAUCGAAACGGAAUCACAUUCGCUAAUAAAUCCAUCGUUGGCAUAGAACCGACCACCAUAUUUAUCAAUACAAAUGACACGAUCUAUAUCGUUAAUCGGGACAAACAGAAAAUCUUGAUUUGGAAUUAUAGUCAGAGUCUAAAUCCAACGAACGAGAUUCAAGGAAACUUCACAAAUGCCACUUCUCUAUUUCUAGCAUCAAAUGAUGAUAUUUACAUUGGUGAUUAUCAGAGUGGUAAUGUGGUAAAGAGAUGGAAAUCAGAAGGAAAUACUUUUGAAACGAUUAUGUAUGUCAAUUCAUCGUGUUAUGGCCUUUUCGUCGAUCUCAUUGAUAAUGUGUACUGUUCAAUGAGAGAUGAACAUCAAGUGGUGAGAAAAGACUUGAAACUCGUUUCGAUGGAACCCGUUCUCAUCGCUGGGACAGGUGUUGGUGGAUCUGCUUUCGAAGAACUUGAUAGGCCUCAUGGAAUUUUUAUUGAUAUCAACUUGGAUUUAUUUGUGGCAGAUUAUGGAAAUCAUAGAGUACAACUAUUCGCAUUUGGAGAAAGAGAUGGCAUUACAGUUGCAGGAGAAGAUUCAGAAUACUUGACUAUUUCACUCCGAGGUCCUACUGGAGUUUUAUUAGAUGUCCAUAAAUAUUUAUUCGUUGUCGAUUCAGAAAAUCAUCGUAUAGUUGGAGAAAGGCCGGAUGGUUUCCGAUGUUUAGUUGGAUGUUAUGGAGUGGGUGAUCAUUUGAAUCAGCUAAAUCGCCCAUCUUCUAUGGGUUUCGAUAGUUUCGGUAAUAUGUUUGUUAUUGAUACAAGUAAUCAUCGCGUUCAAAAAUAUAAACCGAUGAAAAUCUCUUCUUGUGAGUAG